AUGAAGUUCUUCGAGAACACUUUCAAUUACGACUACUCCUUCCCAGCUGUCACGCUAGCAUACUUCCUUCGCUAUCCCAACCCUUACUCUCGCCAUGUUUUGACCUCAGACGUGAUUGACCGGUAUGUCGACCCGGUCACGCAGCGGCUGCACACGACACGGCUGCACUUAAAGAAGUCCAAGGUCCCCUCGGCGAUGCUGAAGCUGCUGCCCAAGGGGAUCGGAGGCGCGGAUAACUCGGGACAGAGCAUUAUCCUCGAAACCAGCGUCAUCGACGUCCACGAAGGAUGGAUGCAGACGGAGUCUCGCAAUAUGGAAUGGACGGGAGUUCUCAGUGUAGUGGAAAAGCAAGUCUACCAUCGAUCUCGAUCCGGGGACGCGGAUUCUUUUGCCUCGUCCCAGUCGGCACCUGGAUUGGGCAUAGAUGAUGGCCUGAAAGGCGAAUGUACGUCGGUGAAAACCACGGUUACGUUCAAAUCUCGACUAGGGCAGAAUAUGCUUGGCCGCUCGAAGAAAGAUGCCACGGUUGAAGACGACGCUCCCAAGAAGGGGUUUUUUGCCUCGUGGUCCACUGCUGGCAUCCAACGAACGAUCGAACUUAUCGGAGUGAAGCGGACACGGGACGCGGUAUUCCGCAGCAAGCAGGGCAUGAACGUCGUCCUUGAGCGGCUACGGACCGGCGGCAUCGUUGCCGUAGUGGAGGGCAUGAGGCAAGACCGCGAGGGCGGGCCUGGACACGAGGGCCCGUGGAAGCGAGUCUGGCUGCACGGCGCUCAGAAAGAAGGACACUACGAUGACGAGUGA